GUCACUACUCUAGUAAAGAUGUAAACAAAUGUGUACACACUGUUAGGGGACUACCACACGCUGUGUUUAUUUAUUUGGCGACCAUCGAUGACUAUGGAAAAAUAGCCGAAGGAGUUAUGAACGUAAAAUUGAAAUGUGGAAAUGUUUAGAUUGCGGAAAGGAAUUCAAUUAUUCCUCUUGCCUCUCUAGGCAUCGUAAGAAAUCACACUUUGUUGACAUGAAGGUAUUUAAAUGUGAUUUUUGCGAUGAAAAGUUUGACUCAUCUACUGACCUUAAGCAGCAUAGUGUUAACCAUGGGAGUGAAAAACUAUUUGAAUGUGAUUUUUGUAAAAAGCGAUUUGAGAAAAAAACUUUGUUAUUGAGGCAUUGCAGAAUUUGCCCCACACAGAAGUGUACAGAAUGUGGGAAAGAAUUCAGAACUAUUUCUGGAUAUGGCAAGCAUUAUAAGUCACAUUUUGUUGACAUCAAAAUACAUGAAUGUGAAUUUUGUGGAAAAAAGUUCACCCAAAAAUCAGCCCUAAAGCAGCAUUAUACCAUUCAUACUGGUGAAAGGCCAUUUGAAUGCGAAAUUUGUCAAAAGUCUUUUAGGCAGAAAAGUACAUUAACAACACAUAGACGUAUUCAUCAAGGAAAACGAACUAAACCGAUUGUAAUUCGUAACUGUUCGGAGUGUGGCAAAGAAUUCCAGUCUGCCUCUGGAUUGUACAAACAUUACAAAACUCAUUUUGGAGACACCAAAAUACACAAAUGUGAGUUUUGUGGUGAAAGGUUUGCUGAAAAAAAUACCCUAAAAGACCAUUAUAUGAUCCAUACUGGAGAAAAACCAUACGCUUGUGAUAUUUGUGGAAAACAGUUUCGUUGGAAACUAGUAUUUAAAAAACAUAGUAAAGUUCAUAAAAAUCUGACUUCAAGUGUGAUAUAGACCUUAAUUAAAAUUUCCAAAAUCUCCUAAGUGUGCAUGUAUUUUUUCCCCCAGUAUCAUGAACAAAAAUAUUGGUAGUUAGUUUUUGUGCACCUGUUGCCUGCAGUCUUAUUGGAGUAUAUGUUGCUCAGGAAAAUUUUUGUUGUCGUAUAGUUUGUUUCAAUUUGGACAUCAGUCCAUGUGUGCAAUUAAGGAUUUUUAAAUUUAUGUGUCUUUAAUCAUAAUAUAAAAUUUGGGUUCAUUAGCAAAGCAGCAACUUUAAAUAUGCCUGAAGUUUCUUCCCUAAUUUUUCAAUUCUUUUAUAAUGCAUUUCUAUAAUUUUUAUUUGGGCUGUAUUUUGUUCCAGCAUUCUUGCUUGUUGACAAUUGCUGUUCAUCUAACAGAAUAUUACUGAAAAUUGAAAUAUAUUAAAAAAAUUAUCUUUAUAGUUGAAAAAAUGAUUGUUGCUCAAAUAUGAAAUUUUAUUUCCAUCAUAUUAUGGUAAUAUAUAACCCA